AUGGCGUCGUCAUUCCCUGCCAUAUCAGACGUUCCACCGAGUGAAAGCAGCACGAUUGAGGAUCAUUUGACCUUUUCCAGCCAUACGGAAAUGCUGGACUACGUCACCAAGAACUGGAGAUCCGAUUUCGUGACCGUGGAUCUCAGGAGCCAGUCUCUACUGGAAAAAUUCUCAACCAGGCCGUUUUUCAUGGUCAAGUAUGAGGCGAGUAUCUACUCUCUACACGCAGCACAUGUACAUCAGACUGAGUGUCUUGUCCCAUCCUUUCUCAGAGGGAGGAGCGGCGAAAACUCUGAGUCCCUGCGAACGUUCGUACAAGAGCACGAUGAGCAUUUCUAUGGACCGAGCGACAGCACCUCGCAAUAUUCGCAGCCCGCUACUCGUCCACCACUCCGAACUCUGCAUCAUCUCGUCAGCCUAUACGUCAUCAAUUCUUUCGAUAACCUCGAGGAGUUUCACAGGCAUCUGGAAAGCCUAGAUCUGGCGAAUCCGGAACGCCUUCGACCGGGCUGGGAUACCUACUUCAUGCGCCUCGCGUCUCUCGCGUCUCUCAGAUCGAAUUGCAUGAAGCGAAGAGUUGGGGCUAUCCUUGUCCGUAACAAGCGUAUACUGGCUUCAGGGUACAAUGGGACGCCGAGAGGUCUCACGAAUUGCAACGAAGGCGGAUGCACCAGGUGCAACAUGGCAAGCGAGACCGUAGCCGAAUGUGUUUGUCUUCAUGCUGAGGAAAAUGCGCUCCUCGAAGCAGGCCGGGAGCGAGUAGGUGACGGCGGCGCAGUGCUAUACUGCAACACGUAAGCGAUCAACAU